GAGUCGAGUCGUGUGUGUAGUGCAAUGCGAACGGCAGGAUGUAAAAAUCAUAAGAAAUUUAUAAAUAUGAGAUAAAUAACACUUUCAGCUUUAUUUGUAUGUUUUCUCAGGACAGUUCUUCGAGUCUUUACGGUUCUUUUCCAUUUUUAGUAGCAUAUCCCAAUUAUCGGGAUUCAUUAAGAUUAUGACUUAGCUGCACUAGAAGUCCUAGGCUAUAACCAUAGAAUUAGCUAUAACUGAAUUGCUUUAAAAAUGAGUGACAUGGAGGUCAGUGAGGCCCUGGUCUCUCUUGAGGCCUUGAUGUCAGAAUUUUUUGCACCAACUACAAGCAAUUUGAGGAAGCGAGAGAUUGAGACCAUGUUGGAAAACUUCUCCAAACACAGAGACUCCUGGAGGCACUGUUUACUAUUUCUGCAAAAAUCACAAAACCAAUAUGUUUUGAUGUUCACACUGACAACACUGGAGAACAUAAUAAACAGACAAUGGGUUAGUUUGAUGUCAGAUGAGGAGAAGACUGAAAUAAGACUGACGCUCUGGAAUGAGUUGAUGGCCAAGCAUGAGGUCAUGCAGUACUUCAUCAGGAAUAAACUUGCGGCGCUCAUGGUGUCCAUAGCGCGCUAUGACUGGCCUCAUCUGUACCCAGACUUCUUCAGUAAUAUUGUUGAGCUUCUACGCUGUUCGGGGCGUCGCUGUCUGCUGGGGCUGGUACUAGCGCAGGCGGCCAGCGAGGAGCUCGGCGCGGCGCGCGACACCGGCGUGCUGCUGCCCUCGGCGCGCCGCUGCCAGCUCGAGCGGCUCAUGCUCAAGGGCGUGCCGCAGAUGCUGGCGGCGUUGAGCGCAAUAUUAGAGAAGAAUGCUCAGAACGAAGGCCACUCGAACCCGCCACCGUCGCCCACCAGCGGCAUUCCUCAGACGUCGGCGCUGCCGGACCUACUAGUCAACGCGCACGAUGUUCAUACAGCUGAUAAGGCUCUGGACAUGGAAAUAGUUGUAAAAUGCCUGACGACGCUCCAGCACUUGUUCUCGUGGUUGCCGUUGUCAUCCCACGUGCCUCCGACUCUAGUCACAACCGUGUUCUACUGGGGCAGCGUAGCUACUCAGACACAGAGCAAGGAGGCGGCACUAGCAGGACUGGGCGGCGUGUGCGAGCUGCUGUACCGCCGCUACGCGCCGCCGUCGUCAGGGGCCACGGCGCUGCGCCUGCACCACUGCGCGCUGCGGCUGCUGCGGCACCUCACGCACCCGCCCCUGCUCACGCCGCACGAUUACCUUAACAAGCUGGCGGAGUUUUUGAAGUUGUUUAUAUCGCUACAUUUCAAGAGACUUGAAGCCGAGCCCGAAUUCGAUGCUAUACAAUUCUUGUCGUAUCUGUUCCAAUUCACAUUCCAGGUGCCUGUAUGCACAAUAUUUGUAAAUUGUCUAGAUAUAUGGAUCCAAUUUAUUGAUAUUUUGAAGCCUGAAGAUACAGUUAAAUAUUGGGAAGCGCUCCGUGGCCUAGUGGAGGGUAUCCUUAACAAAAUUCAAUUCCAACACAACAAAGCUCAGCUUCAACACUUAGAUAACGAAGUUUACGACGACGACGGUGAGACUGAAUGGCAAACAUUCCUGAAACAUUGCAUCGAAUGUAUCGCUCGAGUGGCGGAGUUGGCGCCCCUCGACGUUUUCACUUGUGUGCUGGAACGCUGGCAGGGGCUGGCGGGCGUGCACGCGCGCGCGGCCGGGCGCGGCGGCGGCGCGGGGGGUGCGGCUGACGGCGAGCGCCUGCUGUGCGCGCUGCUCGACCUGGCCACGCUCACGCGCGUCGCCGGCCGCCUCGCGCCGGCCUUACUCGCGGAUGCGGAACCGUGUCGCACGGCUGCGGGCGCCGACAGCGCAGCGGCGCGCGCGGCGGCCGGGGCGGCGCUGGUGGAGCGCGUGGCGGCCGCGCUGGGCGGCGCCGCGCUCACCCGCCCGCACCGCGCCGCGCACCAGCACGCGCACGCACACGUGCAAGUUCACGCGGAGAUGUUCGCCUGCAUGGGCGCGUGGUGUGUGCACGCGGCGGCGUGUGGCGUGCCGCAGCACACCGUGGAAGGUCUGCUGGCGGCCGCCGUGCCUUUCCUGCUGCCUCACGAGCUGCCCGAGCCACCGCUCCUCUGUCACGCGGCCGCGCACUUGCUACUGAGCCUGUCCAAGAACGUGAAGUUCACGGGCGACCCGGUGGCGCAGGCCGGCGACCUGUUCCAGCACGCGCAGCGCUCGCUGCAUUACCUCGAACCAAAGAGUGCGGGCGUGGUCCGCGAGGCGCUGCUGUGGCUGUGCCUGUCGCGGCUGGGCCCGGGCGGCGCGGGGCCGGGCGCGGAGGCGGCGCGCGCGCUGCUGGCGGCGUGGACGGCGCCGCUGCCGCUCGCCGGGCCCGCCGCCGCGCUGCCGCCGCUCACCGCGCUGCUGCACGCCAACAAGCACGCGCACACGCAGGCCAAGAAGGUGAUAGCAGAGGGCAUGGGCGGUGCGGCGGAGACGGCGCUGCGCAUGCUGUGCGAGCCGUCGUGCGCGAGCGCCGAGCCCGAGAUCACGGAGUUCUUCCUCGCGCUGUUCACCGCGCUCCUGCCGCAGCUCGGCGCCUUCGCCUACACCGCCAUCGACGUGUUCCUUGACGUGGCGCAGAGGGGCGGCGGCGAGAGCGGGCUGGAGCGGCUGGUGGAGUGCGUGCGGCUGGGCGUGGAGGCGGGCGGCGGGUGCGGGGGUGGCGGCGGGGGGGUGCGCGAGGCGGCGGUGCUGGCGCUGCUGCAGCAGCACGCGCUGCCGCGCGCCACGCCCCACGCGCCCGGCCUGGCGCGCGCCGCGCACCGCCUGCUGGCCAGUUUGCUCAUCCACCGCUGGCGCUACUUCUUCCCCACCAAAUGCGUGGGUGAGGAGGAGGAGAGACUGCAACAGUUCCGCGGCGCGCUGUCGGCGCUGGGGCGCGCUCUACUACAACCCGACAUAGAGCUGCUCAGGAUCAACAUUAAUGCGCUCGAGACGCUUAAUACCAAAUGGAAACUAUACCACAAGCCGAUAUUCCGUUCGGAGUUCCUCGGGGAGUUCCUGUCGGUGCUGCUGGCGGGGCUGGGCGAGGGCGGCGCGCGCGCGCUGCUGCGCGACGAGGCGCUGGCGGCCGCGCACGCCAUGGCCUGCGUCGACUUCCCCGCCUUCCGCCUCGCCUUCCUGCCGCACUUCCUGCGCCAGCUGCCCGGCCUGCAGCCCGACCACCUGCACCAGCUGCAGCAGUUCCCGCCCGACACGGAUCUACCGACGUUCACGCAAAACAUCCAACGGUUAAUGAACGACGUGAACUGCUACCGCGCGUACAGCGCGCUGUCGGGCGCGCCCAGCGACAUGCUGUCCUAGCGCCCGCCCGACGCCGGGCUGCAGGACAUCCUCGAACACAUACAGCGUCUGUGUGUCACGGUUGCCGUGGCGUCGGACAGUCCGGACAGGGGUAUUGCCUAAAGUCAGACCGAGAAAAGUGCAGCGAUUUUGAUAGCCCGCGCAGUGCAAGUAUUAUUAACACGUCAUAAUUUCAUCAAGUUUGACGUUUAAAAUGACACUUGCACUGCGUGGGCUAUCAAAAUCGCUGCAGACUUCUCGGUCUGACUCUAGAAACACUUACCAAACAUUUGCGAAUCGCGUACUACGCAACAUACAGUCCUAACUGACCUGACCUGCCCGAUGAUCUGACGGAACUGGGUGAGAAUCCGGUCAAGGGUGCAGCCAAAAAAAGAAACAUUAAAAUAUCUUCGUGUCUUUAACCUCCUGUGACUAAAUGUACAUUACAAUGUACAUAUUCGUGCAACCUAAUUUGAACCUUUCAUGAACCGAAUAAAGUAGCAUUUUUUUUAUUCAUUUCCUUUUAAAACAAAUGAAAUUCGUUCUAAUUUACUUAUUGAAUAAGGUUCAAAUUAAUAAUUUGAAUUACAGGUUUUUUUGUCAGUACCCCUUAUGGUGACGAAUAUUUUUGCCGAGUAUCAGUUGAUUUAAGGGCCAACUUACUAUGGAAAACCGACUAUGGCCUUUGGUACAGCACGGAAAAGUUGAAUAUUCAAUUCACUUUAUAAUUAACGCAAUAGCUGUAGAUUUUUCUAAAUACAUACAGAAGAACAUCAUUUGAAGCGGUGGCGUGUCUUUUAAACGAAAUCACUAGUCUGAAUGUGUUUGUACAGUCGACGUCAAAGAGAUCUUUACGACUAACGUUACAAAAAAAUAUUUACACGACUUUAUUGUCAUAGCAUUUAGGUCGUGUAAACAUUUUUUUGUUACUUUGGCUGUAAAUUUCUCUUUGACGUCGACUGUACAAAAUAAAUAAAUCGUCUGUCUGGGCUGUUUCAUAUAAAAUAUUAGUCUGAUAAUCGUCAUAAUUUCCCAUAUGUAAAUCCCAACGUUAUCAGCAUUUUAAUGUUUUAUAUGAUGCCACAGGAUGAGCUUCUAGAACUGCCAAUAAUAAAAUAGUUUAAGUCUCAAGUCUCAUGCAAGUUUGUCUGAUGUGAAUGCAGUUUGCAAUUGCGUUAUAUAGUUGCGUUUCGGUAAAUAUGUCAGUAAAUUUAUUUAUAGUGCAUUUAUGUGUCAUUUUAUGUUUUUUUGGUAUCUUUUUAUAGUUACUAGUCAUGAAGAUUUAGGCUUCUCUUUAUAAAUAUUAACGAUCUUUAUAAUUUGGCUCUGUAACUGUUAAGAAAUAUUUGUAAAAAAUGAUGAUGAUUAUUUUUUACAGGUUUAUUAAAGUUCCUUAUUUACGUUACAAUUCUAUGGCAUUUAAAAAGAUAAAACAUUUGAAUCUGUCAUAAAAAAAUGGUUCCUUGUUGAACUGAUAAAUAUACGAAUAAGGGUUGGCUGUACUUAAUAAGGGCUGCCAUUUUUAAGUGUGAUAUUUGUACAGUUGGGUAAUCUUUCAUUUGUUAAUACAUGUAUGUAUGUUUAUAAUAUAUUAUAUGUUUAUAGAGGGCUUGUUUAUGUGGAAAUCCAAAGGUGUAUGUGAAGUCCCCAAUCCGCAUUGGGCUAGCGUGGGGACUAUAGCCCAAGCCCUCUCGCGCUCGAGAGGAGGCCUGUGCCCAGCAGUGGGACGUAUAUAGGCUGAGAUGAUGAUGAUGAUGAUGAUAGAGGGCUUGUAUAAGAUAUACGUUAUUUAUCGAAUUACUCAAUACCUUACUAAUGUGAUGUCCUAACAUAUAUUAAAGUAAAGGUUAAUUCGCAAGAGCUGGGUCUGAAUACCAACAACAAAGAAAAUUUAUUUAGAUUUAUGUUUGCUCAUUUUUGUUUGUUUUGGUUCUAAGCAAAAAUUUAUAGGGAUAUUAGGACUAGGUGCUUGACUUGUUAUUUGCGUAUGACUGUACUAUUAUACAUAUUGUUUCCUAUCUUUCAUUCACGAGAAAAGUGAACAGGUCACUUUGCAUUACGAUAAGUAUCUUUCACUGUCUAAGACUUUCGUGCGCCUUGUAAUUGGCACUUGUGAAAUAAAAUAACAGGAAAAUAAAAACAGAAAAAAAAAACAUAUAUAAAUAAGGUAUAUUCGGGUAAUUACGAAUGUCAAAAACCGUUGGAUAAUUCCGAAAACUCUCUCUCUCUCUCUUAUGAUGAUGGAAUUUUGGGUCAUUUUCAUCUGAUUUUCGGAAUUAUCCGACAUACGAAAUUACCCGAAUACACCAUAUUUACUUUGUUAUAUAUGUAUAUGAAAUCGUUUUUUAGGACGACACUUCCAUUUCAAUUUUGCAUUUUGUUAGUGCAUUUUUCAUAUUCAGUGGGUGCAAUAUUAUGCUAGCAAAAUAAUACGGAUUUGGUUUAUGUGACAACUUUUGAUCAAGGUGACGAAGGGUUUACUAAAUUUUAAUUAUUUUAAUGUUAUUAGAUAUAAGGUUUUAUUAUAGUUAUACAAAUAAUAAAGUAAGUGUGAGUAUAAAAAAA